GUUCUCCUGCGAUGGCUAUUUUGGCGGUUCCAAUAAAAUGGCGGUGGGAGUGGCAGCCGAGGCAUCAAGCUAGACGCGGGGAAGUUUGGCCGUCAGCGAGGUGAGCGCCGCUGCCGCCUUUUGCCCCUAAUCCAAGAGAGUCCAUUGGUAUCAUUGCCAGGCUAUACCGGAGCCGCUUGAGACGCCGCCCUCUUAAUAACCGGUUUGCACUGAGAAAAUGAGCGACGAGCCUUCCUUUCAUCAUCAGCAGCCGCCGUUUUCUGCAUGGGAGAAAGAGCAUCUUUGGCUCUACCUUUUGGCGUUGGGGUUUGACCCGGGAGGAGCCGCCGCAGCUGGGAAGAUGCCUAGUCAUCUCCGUCUGGGCCCGGAUAUGUUUGAUAAGCCAAACAAGGAUGCAUUUCACAUUGUUUCAUUCUUCUUGUUUUCGAAGUUGGGUCAGUCAUUUUGUAAUGAGGUGUUCAGAUUUUGUUAUCCUCCAACAGACAAGAAGACAGACUAUGAAUUCAGGAAGAAAUGCUAUGACUGGCUGAUAAAAAUUUCUGAUGAAUGUGGGAGCAACUUUCCUUCGGUCCAUGCAUCGUUGUUUCUUUCCCCUGGUGGUCCUACGUUCAGUCACUUAAUGUUCCACUUUGGAAGAUAUGUCCUGUUACAUCACAUCAAAACCGAUUCUGAAGGCAGUGACACUUUCUUUCCAGAGUCACUGAGUGCGAGACCUCCAGACCUCCACAUGAGUGCGGCACAAUACUGUGUGGCAUACAACAGAUUCUUGCAGAAUCUACGAAGGGAAGAUAUGGUAAUUAAAGAACAUCAGAAAAAAGCAAUGGUUUUCACUAAGAAAAUAAGAGAUUUAAGAUGUGAAAGUGCAGAACUGGAUGAAGAGCUCCAAAUAGAAGAAAAAAAUACCAAUCACAGCCAGAGCAACACAGCAGACAAAGUUGAAAAGGUUCGUUCUAUGUGGGCAUUGAUAACAGAAACACUUAAGAAUCUUCAGGAAGAAAUACAAGUUGUAGAUUCGGUUGUCAGCGGUCAUGUAGACGAGUAUGUGUUAGAUGGCACCAAUACCACUGUCAGUGUCCCAAGGCUACUUCUUGAAAAAAUUGAACAAGAAAUGCACCAACUGCAUAUUGGAAAUGUAUAUGAAGAUGGAAGACUAAACAUUUUAACCAUCAUUGAGUUAUUAAACAAAGCCCUGGAAAUGUUGAUGCUUGAACGCCAACGUAUUGACAAGAAUUCACUGAAGCUGGAUAUUCAGUAUUUUGAAGGAAGGACCAAGGUCCUGAAUGAGACUUUAUUGAGGCUCAAGUCAUUAGGGCAUAAAUUAAAACAGGAGCGUGUAUCAGCAAAUCAGUCAAUUGCUGAAAAACAAAAAGAGUGGGAUUUGAAGUGGGAGAACUAUCUUGGAGAAUCACCUUUCCUUUUCAUUAAGGAGGCUAACCCUGCACUUGAUUUAUUACCGGCUAUGCCUCCACUUUCUUUUACCCCUGCUACAGAGGAAGUUUAUAAAAGCAGCGUAUUUUCACAGUAUCCUGCAUCAAUGCCCGACUUGCCGAAAAAGAUCUGUCAGAAAAAUGAAUUUACAGAAGACUGUGAACCAUUGAGAGGUGAAGUUGGUGCAUCUGCAGUAAUCACAGAAAGAAAUGCUGCAUCUUAUUGUAUUACGGAACCUGAAAAUAGAACUCAGAAACAUUCAGAGAAGGGACCAACUAUUGAAACUCCCAAGAGGAUUGAGUAUUCUGAUUCUCAGGUGUUAAAAUAUAAAGGAAGGAAUAAACUAACAGAUGCUCUUAAGAAAAAACAUGGUGGCAGACUCAAACAGCUAUUUUCAGUUAAAAAUGAAGAUCCUCUUGAGAAAGCACAGGAGCAGCUGGCAGAAGUUGUGGCGGAUGCUGUUGUAUCUGAUUUGCCACAGAAUACUGAAGGAAAAGGGAAUCUGGAUGACAUGAUUGGCACUUUAGCGUUUAAUCCCUUCUUAACUAGGAACCAAAUUUCCCGGACUCCAGAAAAUCUGAUUACUGAAAUUAGAAGCUCAUGGAAAAAAGCUAUUCAGUCUGAAGAGUCCUCAAGCACAGAAUUGUGUCAUGCUGAGUCAUCAGAUUGCAAGCCACAGGAUAUGGUUCCUGCAUUUAGAAACCAAAUAGAUUCAAGUGUGGCAUUCCUCUUGUCUGCAGAUAAUUCAGUGCAGCCACCUUUCCAGGAGUUUGGGUCUUCUUUUCAACUUCAGGAAGCAACCAUUUGCCCUAAUAAAGUAGCUAGUAGCCCUGAUGAAUUGCAAUAUCAGCAAGCAGCUGGUGGCUCCCCAGAUGACCAGAUGUAUUGCACACAAGGAUUAGUAUGUGCUGUUCCAAAUAUAUGUAAAAUAGAAAAUCCAGAACUAAGUCUUGAGAGUAUUAAUCAGCCAGAAUGUGUUCCAAGAAAAGAUUUUGCAAAGAAGAUGCAAUCAUCUUGCCUAAGACACAAUGAUUCAAUGAAUUCAACUCUCUUAUGGGACAUUUCUCAGAUAAAUGGCCCUAAUCUUGAUGGCCAUGAAAUUAUCCAUGGGGGCAUACUUCAGGAAACUCUCCCAGAGGAAGGAAGAGAAUCCCUCAGUCCUAACAGUUACAGUGGUUUAAAGGCAGAAGAGCUAACUGAAGAGACCAGUGCCAGAGACUGCCACAUUUUUGCAGACAAUGCAGGGAAAGGUGAGCAGAGACUGGAUUUUCAGUCUAUCCAAAGCAGAUAUGAAGCCUUGAAAAAAACUUUUCUUGAAAACCAGGACUCUCCCUCUAGAAAGCAAAUCCCAAGGACAAGAUCAGAAUUUAGUCUGACUCAAACAAGCUUUGAAGCAAAUGAUAUGUUUAGCCCAUGGGGAAAGCCAUAUGCACCGGAUGCAGAAUUUGUCAAGGAGCCAUCGCAUAAAAGAAGGGCCAGUCUUUCUCAUUUAACUGCAUUUUCUCCAGCUCACCCAAGAGACAGGUCAAGCAGACAGGAUCAAGGCGACGUGCUUCGGAAUGUGAAGGAAAAAACAGUGAGGCUGGAUACAAAAGAAACUCACAUCUCCAAAGACCUGUCAAGAUGAAGGGCUGUACAAUUACAGAGCACUGCACUUAGAUUCAAACAGUUUAUGAACUUUUGUCCAAUACAUUUCCUCCAGUUAUUAAUACUUAAAUUAAUACUUGCUAUUGACUAAUGCUAAUCCUGACCAGUGUUUGUAGGUUUGUUGCAAAGUUUCUAUGAUAUCCAGAACUGCUUCUGAUUUGAUGUAAAGUUUCUGAAGCACUGAUGCCAUUCAAGACCAGUUGCAAAUAAGAUCAUGUAAAGGUAGCACAGAUAUUAAACUGGCUGGUUGAAAUAGCCAAUUGCUGAGUAUUUUAAUCAGAUUUUGGAAGACAGCAAGACUUUUUGCCUACUUUUCUAAUGAAAAAAUAACUUUUUGCCUACUUUUCUAAUGAAAAUGUUUUUGUAAAUAGUUGGCUAAGCCAAUUGCCUAAUCUCAUAUUUCAUUUUUUCCCUCUUGUGUGGGAAAUCUGUGUUGAGGACAGUCUUAAUUAAAGACUCAAGUUUCACUUUUGAACUAUCCAAGGAUUUUGCUCUCUUAGGUUUUCUCUAGAUAUUGCCCAUGUGAUGUGGGAAAUCACUGCUGGAUUUUCUUGCAAGUAACCUGUCUGGACAUCUUGUGCCUCUAUCCAUGUACCAGAAUACACACACUGUCAUUUCUUCACAGUUGCCUGGAGUCCCAGUGGUGGUCUCUGGAUGUUGUUUUCUCCUCUGGCCAGCUGGUCUGCCUUAGUCCAUAUAAAAGUUGGUUGGUAUUCAAUAAGUGUAUUCAGUGAAUGAUUUACUGGCUUUUUAUUGGAUACAUGAUGGUGAUAGAGGUCCAAAAAAAACAGGAUAGUAGGCAUUAUGUUCUAAUGCAAAUUAUAGGGAACUUGCUUUGUUGACUGACUUGACCCAAACCAGUAGAAAACUUACCAAAUUUAAACAGUCACUUCAAAUUCCUGUUUGACUUAGAGUUGCUAUGCUUUCCAUUUAAAAAAACUGUUUAACAUAAUAAACUUUCCUCACUGAAA